UUUUUUUAGUAAUGCCCAUGUUGAGGGUUAGGUCAAAAAAAAAAUUCGGAAACCGUAAUGGGUUUCCAUGUGAAUGGUCUGGAAGGCUUGAAUUUGGGUUGGAGGCGAUAAAUUGUUGCGCAUAUAAAUUGCUUUGAUCCACAAUCAACGCAUACAGAUCUUCUAUGAAAAACAGCUCCAAAAAAAUCAAGGGGAGUAGUUAAAUUUUCCACCUGAAUUCCGGGUUGGGCAGUGAAUGGGGGAAGUAUGGUUGCUGCAGAAUUUGUGGGCUGCCAAUCUGGAUUUGCAAGCACAUCCGGAAGGAUACUAGGGGCUCUACGGGCCUGUUUGCAAAUUCUUGGUGGUCACGAGGCAUUACUUGUGCUCGCCACCGCACCAGCUUGUACUACACUUAUGGGACUCACCACGUCACCAAGUCAUACUGCAGUGCUGGUAUGUGAAAGACGAGGAUGUACU